CCCCACUCCUGGCUCUCAGCCUUUAGGAACAGGAGCUUCUCUACUUGGAGCUUCUAGACAUGGAGGGAAACAUGGAAGCCAUGGAGUUUAUUAAGUGUCUUGGAAGGUGGAGGGAGGGAUGGCCUCCUCUAAGAACUGCAAAUCUGCAGGGUGUCUUGGGAGACAAGAGUGCCCAGAGGGGAAUGUCCGAUGAGCUGGAUGUGUGGGGCAGGGGGUGUCCUAUGCACUCUCCUUGCCUGCUCCUCCCCAUCCCCCAGGCCCUUUGCAGCCCCCGGCUCUCUCUAACCUCCCCACCCCCCACCACAAAUCCUGCAUGCGUGUGGCCCAGUCUGAGGCCAUCUGGAUAGAAGUAGAGGCUCCCUAAGGGCCCACUUGGAUUAAGGGGCUCUCUAGGACCAAGGGCUGAGGCUACCUAAAAAGCUCUCCGCCACAGGAUCUUGCACCCAAAGGACCAGAAGCCUCCCUCUGGGGAGGUAAGAUAAACCACAUGAAUGGUGGUGUGGGGGAACCGGGCGCCCACCCACUGCACAGUUGCAUUAGACGUGGUCAGUGGAGGGUCACGAGUCCUGCCUCUCCUCCCACCGUGGGCAGCAGGGUUGGGGUGCCCCAGGCUCCACUGAGCCCUGCUCAUCCCUGCCACCAUCUCUGGGGCUCAGAAGCACCCAGACGGCACCCUGAGACCAAUGUCUGCAGCCCUGCAAGGUGGCAAACCUCCAGGGAUCCUUCUGGCUGAGAGGGAAAGGUGGGGAGACAGUGCCAAUGUUUGCAAUGCCUGGUAACAGCCUCGGGGACCAGGUACCUGGGGAAUGUGCCCAUUGAUUUAGGGGCUGUCUCCACCCCAGUUCCUGCUACAAAAGAGGCCAGAUACAUACUCUGGGGCCUGCCUCCCUGGAGAUGAGGAUGAGACCCCUGUCCCUUGCUGUUCUCCAACAGGUGCUGGGAGGCCCUCCUUGGCUUAGGAGGACACUUCCAAAGCUGGGGCGCCCCAAGGAGGCACCAGUGGCCAGGAUGUCCACGCAGAGCACCCACCCCCCGAAACCUGAGGCCCCACGUCUGCCACCUGGGAUCCCCGAGUCCCUGAGCUGUCAGCGGCGCCACACACUCCCCGCCAGCGAGUUUCGCUGCCUCACCCCGGAGGACGCUGUCAGCGCCUUUGAGAUCGAGCGUGAAGCCUUCAUCUCUGUCUUGGGCGUCUGCCCCCUGUACCUGGAUGAGAUCCGGCACUUCCUGACCCUAUGUCCAGAGCUGUCCCUGGGCUGGUUCGAAGAGGGCUGCCUUGUGGCCUUCAUCAUCGGCUCGCUCUGGGACAAAGAGAGACUCAUGCAGGAGUCACUGACGCUGCACAGGUCUGGGGGCCACAUAGCCCACCUGCACGUGCUGGCCGUGCACCGCGCCUUCCGGCAGCAGGGCAGGGGCCCCAUCCUGCUGUGGCGCUACCUGCACCACCUGGGCAGCCAGCCGGCCGUGCGCCGGGCCGCGCUCAUGUGCGAGGACGCGCUGGUACCCUUCUAUGAGAGGUUCAGCUUCCACGCCGUGGGCCCCUGCGCCAUCACCGUGGGCUCCCUCACCUUCACGGAGCUCCACUGCUCCCUGCGGGGCCACCCCUUCCUGCGCAGGAACAGCGGCUGCUGAACUGGGCUGCCCACCUGGCUGCCAAUGUGAUCCCUGUCUCUGCCCUGGGCUCCUCUUAGCUCAGCUGAGCAUGGAGACAGCAGUUUCCAGAGAGUGGAGAGAGCAGGGCUAAAUAAAGAGGAGAUAAGGUGGCUUCUCACGGCCUGA